AUGGUGGUCACGACAGAUGGGCGUGCGGCUUUCGCACAGCCGACAGACUAUCAGAUGGACGAUGCACGGAGGGCUCGAGAGUUCUACCACUAUUUCCAGCCGGACAAUCUCCUCCAGCCUCACCUCAACCGUCGCCCCUCGAUUCUCAAUGUCGCCAGCGAAGAGGUCCCCAGUCUGUGCAAGGCGCUUUCUCCGCUGUGCCAAUUGACGGCGUUUCGCUUGCAAGUCCGAAAAGCAAUGAUCAAUGUCAUGGAUCGCGAUGUCAUGUAUUUCCUGAGUGAAGCCACAAAGAUCUUCACGGAUGAGGGGGAAGAAACAUAUGAAUUUGUUGAAGAUCCCAUAUUCUUGAACUGCAGCUCAGUGCCGCUCAAGGGUAGAAUUUGUGAAUUGACCAUCCGACUCGACAAUAAAGAUCAUAACGCUGUAUCCAAGUUCGUAAUCAACGACCUUACCAACUCCCAAUUUGCCCACAUGGAAAUCGUCUCAGGCCCUCCAUACUACAGAUUCUAUGCAGGAGUUCCGAUCACAACAAGAGACGGGGUCAAUAUCGGCAGUCUUGCCGUUAUGGACACCCGAACUCGACCGGGCGGUUUGACCCCUGCUGAAGAGUCGUUCCUUGCGUCAACCGCGCAACAGAUAAUGGUCUUUCUCGAGACGAACAGACAAGCAAUAGAAGGACGCCAAUCUCGCCGAAUGGCCGAAGGUCUCGAAGCAUUCAUUGCCGGCCGCAAAAGUAUCCACGGCGAGAAAGCAGGAUUCCACCACAGUCCCCUCUUCAAGAAGCGGUCGAAAUUUGCCUAUGGCUUGACGGUGCCUCUGGAAAAUGAUACUUCUCCAACGCUGGGGUCGUCUGGUCGGGGUGAACCUGGCUUCCGAAAUCAGAAUGCCAUCGCUCUUGAAAGUGUCGAAGAUCUCAGCGCCUCGGACCAUUCCUCAGAUACGGAUAGCUUGAAUGGCAACUCCGAUACUGAUGGCGAAUCAAGGACACACUCGAAAACCUUCGCAAGAGCUGCCAAUCUGCUACGAGAAUGUCUAGGAGACCUCGGCGAGGAGGGUGCUGUCGCAUUCGUCACCGUGGAUGCUCGCCUGCGUAACCUGAGUAAAAAGGAUGGAAAAACUCGCGCCCAAGCUAUGGGGACCAUGAACGGGGAGCCUCAAUCCCUGACCAAAUCCUCAAUAAUCGCGUACUCGACGAAGUCCAACCCGGUUAUCCCCGAAAAGGGGUUGGAUGAGAGAGUACAUGGCUUAGACGGGGAAUUACUCCAGGAACUUGUCAAACGAUAUCCUGGCGGUCGCCUGUUCACCCUAGAAUGGAACGCAUCCUCCUCGUCCGAAGAUGAUAAAGAGUCGUCAAGGAGACAUAGGAGCUCCCCUGAUCAGUCGCGCAUGCAUAGCCAUCGGAAACGGCUGGAAGUCAAAGCCAUACGCACUGCUUUUCCCUGUGCGGGACAGGUUCUCUUCACGCCGCUAUGGGAUGCAACGACUGGGUCAUUUGCAUAUGGCUGCUUUGUCGCAACAGCAUUGGAGACGCGAUCCUUCAACUCUUCAAUUGAGUUACCAUUCCUCAACUCUUUUUGCAGUACACUUAUGGCCGAGUGCUCGCGGUUGGACACAAUGAUUGCCGACAAGCAAAAAUCUGACUUUGUCGGCACUAUAUCUCAUGAAAUGCGAAGUCCACUACACGGUCUCCUUGCCAGUGUGGAGUUUCUCGCUGAAACAGACCUAUCUGGAUUUCAGAGGUCCCUUAUUUCUACUAUUGACUCUUGUGGGCGAACGCUCCUAGACACCAUCAACCACGUCCUGGACUUCUCGAAAAUUAAUUCGUUUCAAAAGCACUGGCAGGCUUCGAACAAGAAGCACUCCCACGGAUCACGUCGCCACAACUUUCUAGGCCCGGACAACUCUUCUAAGACCAUAUCUCACGGUGCCCCCGCUCUGCUGCAGCUUCUUGGCGUUAUAGAUGUGUCAGCAGUGUUAGAGGAGGUUGUUGACGGUUUGGUUCUUGGUUAUACAUACACAUCUGGAUUGGACUUGACGGAUAUGCCACGAGAAACGUCAGGUCGAGGAAAACGGGGACGGUCCGAAAACCACUGCGUGGAUCCUGUCAAGAUCACAUUAGACGUGCAGAAAGCCGAUUGGACGUUCUUGACCCAGCCAGGGGCAGUCCGUCGUAUUAUCAUGAAUCUCACCGGAAAUGCUAUCAAAUACACAAGUCGGGGAUCUAUCAAAGUUCGACUCCAACUGCAAACUUCCCAGGAGGAGAAAGGCAACGACGUGAUGGUGUUGACGGUGGCCGAUACUGGAAAGGGUAUCUCGCAGGAGUUCUUGUCGACCAAGCUCUUUGUACCAUUUGCGCAAGAAAACGCUCUGGCGCCCGGGACCGGCCUUGGCUUGAGCAUUGUCCGCAGCAUUAUCCUGAUGCUGGGUGGUUCGAUCGAUGUGAAAAGCAAAUUAAACGAAGGGACAACGGUCGAAGUUGUACUACCCAUCAAAAGACCUUUACCUGGGCAGACAUCGACUCAGACUACUCCUUACUCUGACGGCGCCAGUGGCUUGAAUUCUACCGGCAGCUCCAAUUCCGAUAACUCGAUUUCUCUGCUGCGAGAUGAAUGGUCGGAGGCGGCAGUAACGUUCUGGCAACCGGAACUGGAGCCAGACGACGACCUCGCGCGCAUCGUUGAGUCGUACGUACAGGACUGGUACAACCUUCCGUUCCUGGACCCUCAACUUUGUGAUAGUUGCGCUGUUGUCAUUGCAGAGGAGGAGAACUUGGAACGCUUGCUCAACAGGCACAGUGUGGCACUGGUGCAGUCCCUGGAAGAGCGCAUUUGCAGUGCAGUGGAAUUUGUUUCAGAGCCUUGUGGCCCUCACAAACUGGCUCGUAGUAUACGGUUAGCUCUCGAAAAGCAAGCCACCGUACGGUCCCGAUUUUCACUGGCGGUCGAUCCACAAGUGGUCCUCCCAAGCGCAGAGCUCGAAAGCACACCGCCCGGCCAAACUGAAACAGAGUCGGUGGCGGAUGAGUUGGCCGAGAUGGAUCUCAACCGACCCGGCGAAACUGAUAACGCUAAGGUGGUCCAGGCAACGGAGACCUUUGCCGCUUCCCAAGCGAGCCACAAUGCGCAAAUGGCAAUUCAUGAUCCCAUAACCGCUCUACGGACACCGAGAAAUCAUGUCAGCGAAGGAGAAUCUUUCCCCUUUCCAUCCCACAGUCAGGAGAGCUCUAGGAUGCGUCGCGAGAGCGAUCGGUGGUCGAUCCACAUGAGCUCAAGCAACCCAGCCUCACCCCACGAAGCACCAAGUAUUCACGCAAAGGAUCCUUCUCUACCAAAGCCAGCCACCGCCGCCAAAGUUGAUCCGCACAUUCUCCUGGUGGACGACAACAAGAUCAAUCUGAAACUCCUCGAGACGUUCUUGAAGACCAAGAGGAAAUACAGUCGAAUUAAACAAGCGGAAGAUGGUCAGCAAGCCGUUGAUGCUGUUAAAGCGGCUGAAGAUCCCUUUGACAUUAUCUUUAUGGACAUUUCCAUGCCAGUACUUGACGGAUUCGAGGCCACCCGAACGAUUCGUCAAUAUGAAGAACUCCGCGGAUGUAAACCUGGUGCUAUGAUCAUCGCGUUGACUGGAUUGGCAAGUGCCAGGGACCAGAGUGAAGUUUUCAGCAGCGGAUGCGACAUAUAUAUGACGAAGCCCGUGAGCUUUAAAGAGGUCGGCAAGCUGUUAAACAACUGGGAGGCUCAUAAGAAUAUUGACUCUAAGUGA